GGGUAAAGAACAGUCAUACAUUUCCAGACCAAGUGAAGGUCGUGUUGAGGUAUAAAAGACGGUGAGGAGCGUUCGGUCCUUGCAGAAACGUUGUGACACACUGUAGACAUGCUUAGGUUUCUGGUGUUGACAAGUCUCGCAGCCCUGGUGCUGGCUGAGCUGGAGCCCCAGCCCAGGUACCUGGAGGACAGCUUUGAAAGAGUUGUUGGAGGUGAAGUGGCCAAACCUAACUCCUGGCCCUGGCAGAUCUCUCUCCAGUACAAAUCUGGCAGCAGGUUCUACCACACAUGUGGAGGCACCCUGAUCGAGAGAGGAUGGGUCAUGACUGCUGCUCACUGCGUGGACAGCAGUAGGACGUGGCGUGUCGUUAUCGGUGAACAUGACCUCUACAGCGACAGUGGCAGAGAGCAGAUCAAGAGUGUCAGCCAGGUUUACAUCCAUCCCAGAUGGGACUCUGGCAGAGUGUCUGCUGGGUACGACAUCGCCCUGCUGCGUUUGUCUUCUGACGCCACCCUGAACUCCUACGUCCAGCUGGGCUCUCUGCCUCCAAGUGGCCAGAUUCUGCCCAACAACAACCUCUGCUACAUCACCGGAUGGGGACGCACCUCCACCGGUGGCAGCCUGUCCGCCCAGCUGAAGCAGGCCUAUCUUCCUCUGGUCGACCACAAGACCUGCACUAGCCCUGGCUGGUGGGGCAGCACUGUCAAGACCACCAUGGUGUGUGGUGGUGGUGGUGCCGAGGCUGGAUGCAACGGUGACUCUGGUGGCCCUCUGAACUGCCUUGUCAACGGAAAAUACUACGUCCAUGGCAUUGCCAGCUUUGUGUCUGGUAUGGGAUGCAACGCCCCCAAGAAGCCCACCGUCUUCACCCGUGUCUCCGCCUACAUCGAAUGGAUGGACUCCAUCAUGGUGUAAACCGAAUCCAUGUUGCAGCAAACAAAGAAAGAGACCACAUUGAACCACGUUUUCAUCUGUUGUGCUUCCUUGUUUGUCUGGUCUCAUUCUACAAAAAAUAAACUUCAUUAAACUUCAA